CUUUUUGUGGUUUUUCCUCUCUUCUACUUUACAGUAGCCAAAUGCUUUUAUCCAUAUUUUCUCCCCUCAUUUCCACCAUUGACGACUCUCCACCCUACAAGGGUGAAUCGUUCCAAACCCCUCAUCAUUCUCCUCCUCCUCCUCAUCGUUUCCUCCCUUAUUGAUCUCUUGUGUCAACAGCUCUGGAUUCUAUCUAAAAGAAAGAUUCCUCUGUAGUGAAUCAUAGUCGACAGAGAAAUGAGUUGCAACCUUUCAAAAAGCCACGUGCUAUGUUCGUACAUUUCAAAUGCCUUCCUCCUAAACCCACCGCGAGUGUUUUUGUCUUUUUCCCAUCAAUGCUUAACUUUACUUAUUGUUUGGUUUUUGAUUAGGGGAGAAUAGGAUCUGAUCCAGCUUUCAUGGAGGUGGCUUUAGAGCUUGUCAAUGCAUCAUUUGUUUUAGCUUUACUAUCAUGGAUUAUCAUAGAUAUUUUGAAACGUAGGAAACAUCACAACGGUAGCCAUAGUCAUAGUGAUGUUAUACCAGACUUUAAACACAGUGUAGGAGGAGGAGGAGUAAGAGCUUUUGGGGCUAUAGUUGCUAUAUUUAAUGUUAUAAUCUUUAUAUUUUAUUUGGGUUUUGGGUUUUAUGAUUAUUGGAUUCAUAGUUUUGUCUCUACAAAACUUGUAUGCUCGGGUGUCACUUGGUUUCUAGCAAGUUUAGUUUCAGUUCUUUCAAAAAACAGGACUUUCAGCGAGGGAAAAAGAUGGCCUUUAGUAUUGGUACUUUGGUGGGUGUUCUCCUGCAUUCUUGUGUCGUUUUCUGUAGUGGUUUACGUUGUCCACCACUUGAACUCCAAAGAUUUGCCUUAUUAUUUGCCGGAAGCCAACAUUGUUGAUAUUGCUUCUUUGCCUUUCUUGCUACUUCUUUGUUGCUGUCUGCCUCUUGCUGUUAACAGAAACAGUGACCUUCAACGUCCAUUGCUUCACAAGGAGGAUGAAAAUUUCUCCAAAGAUGAUGAUACUGCUUUUGCUAGUGCUGGCAUAUGGAGCCAACUCACAUUUAGAUGGCUAAACCCCCUUUUUGAAAGAGGUCGAGUUGAAAAACUUGAAUUGCACCAUAUUCCUCAGGUUCCGGAUUCAGAAGCCGCUGAUAAAGCCUCGUCGUUGCUCGAAGAAUCGCUUCGAAAACGGAAAGCAGAUUCUUAUUUAUUGCCAAAAGCAGUAGCUCGUUCUAUCUGGAAAUCCUUGGCUGUAAAUGCAGUUUUUGCAGGACUUAACACCAUUGCCUCCUAUAUUGGACCUUUCCUUAUCACCAGCUUUGUGAAUUUCUUAACUGAAAAACAUGAUGGUUCAAGCAAUCGGUAUGGACUGGUUCUUGCAUUCAUCUUCUUCUUUUCAAAGACUGCGGAAUCGCUAACUCAACGGCUGUGGUACUUUGGUGCUCAUAGAAUUGGAAUAAGGGUUCGUGCAGCUCUCACGGUUUUGAUUUAUAAAGAAUCUCUGUCAACUAAGUUCGUUUGUUACAGCAAUGGUAAAAUCACAAACCUCAUCAAUGUAGACGCUGAGAGAAUUGGAGACUUUUUCUGGCACAUUCAUGGAGUGUGGUUGCUACCAAUCCAAGUCUUACUGGCCUUGGUAAUACUGUAUAGGAACAUGGGUGCGGCUCCUUCCUUUGCAGCCAUCUUUGCUACGAUUUUGGUGAUGGUGAGUAACACCCCAUUAGCCAGUAGGCAAAAGAGACUUCACUCCAAGAUCAUGGAAGCUAAGGAUGCAAGAACAAAAGCAACUUCAGAGACUCUGAAAAGCAUGAGAGUCUUAAAGCUACACUCAUGGGAACCCACUUUCUUGAAGAAGCUUCUUCAACUUAGAGAAACUGAGAGAAACUGGCUUAAAAAGUAUCUAUAUACAAGCUCAGCUGUUGCCUUUCUGUUUUGGGCUUCACCAACCUUAGUGUCUGUCAUCACUUUUGGUGUCUGCAUUUUGGUAAAAACACCAUUAACAUCAGGAACAGUACUUUCAGCCUUAGCAACUUUUAGGAUUCUACAAGAACCUAUUUACAACCUUCCAGAACUCGUUUCCAUGAUUGUUCAGACAAAAGUCUCAUACGAUCGAAUUCAAGAGUUCCUUGGAGAAGAAGUCCAAAGGAAGUUCAUAUCUGAUCAUGGUGCAAAGGCAUCUAAUGUUGCUAUUGAAAUUGAGCCAGGAGAGUAUGCUUGGGAAACAGAUAGCAAGGACAUAAAGAAACCAACCGUCAAAAUCACUGACAAGCUGAAAAUAUUGGAAGGUUACAAGAUAGCUGUUUGCGGCUCGGUUGGCUCAGGUAAAUCAAGUUUACUUUGCAGCAUACUAAGUGAGAUACCAAGGAUUUCGGGUGCAGCCAUUAAGGUUUAUGGGAAGAAAGCUUAUGUUCCUCAGAGAGCAUGGGUUCAAACAGGCAGUAUCAGGGAGAAUAUAUUAUUUGGUAAGGACAUGAAGAAAGCUUUCUAUGAAGAUGUUCUUGAAGCAUGUGCCUUGAACCAAGAUACUGAGAUGUGGGAUAAUAAAGAUAUGAGUGUUGUGGGAGAGAGAGGGAUGAACCUCAGUGGAGGCCAGAAGCAGAGGGUCCAGUUAGCAAGGGCUGUUUACAGUGAUUCUGAUAUUUAUAUCCUAGAUGACCCUUUCAGUGCAGUUGAUGCUCAUACAGGAACACAUUUGUUUAAGAAAUGUCUCAAAGGACUGUUGUCUCAGAAGACUGUUAUUUAUGCUACACACCAAUUGGAAUUUUUAGAUGCAGCAGACAUUGUUCUGGUGAUGAAAGAAGGUCUCAUUGUUCAGUCAGGAAAGUAUGAGGAGUUGAUAGUGGAUUCUAAUGGUGAACUUGUUAGGCAGAUGAAUGCUCACAGAAAAUCACUAGACCAAGUGAACCAACCCCAAGAAAACGAUUCCUUGACGGGUGGACUGUGCCAGAUAAGUCAAACUGAAGUCAUAGAAGAAAAACAUGGAGAGCCCAACUGCAAUGAUAAGCUUUUUGAAAGUAGCCAAGAAGAAGAAACCGAAACCGGUCGUGUCAAAUGGAGUGUUUACUCGACUUUUGUUGCAGCAGCUUAUAAGGGAGCACUUGUUCCAGUCAUCGUUCUCUGUCAAGUUCUCUUCCAGGGACUACAGAUGGGGAGCAAUUACUGGAUUGCUUGGGCAACUGAGGAAAAUCGCAAUGUAUCAAGAGAACAGUUAAUAGGCAUAUUUAUUUUGUUGUCUGGUGGAAGCUCCAUCUUCAUACUGGGAAGGGCCGUUUUGCUGGCAACUAUUGCUGUAGAGACAGCUCAACGUCUGUUCCUUGGAAUGAUAAAAUCUGUUUUCCGGGCACCAAUUUCAUUCUUUGACUCAAAUCCCUCAAGUCGAAUCCUCAACAGGUCAUCUACAGAUCAAAGCACGUUAGACACAGAUAUUCCUUACAGAUUAGCGGGGCUGGCAUUUGCUUUAAUUCAGUUGUUCAGUAUCAUCAUCCUUAUGUCCCAUGUUGCCUGGCAAAUCUUCCUUCUCUUCCUUGCCAUCCUCAGUAUCUCCUUCUGGUAUCAGAACUAUUAUAUUACGACUGCUAGGGAGCUAGCCAGGAUGGUUGGAAUUAGAAAGGCUCCUAUUUUACAUCAUUUCUCAGAAUCUAUCACAGGCGCAACAACAAUUCGUUGUUUUGGCCAGGAAGACAGGUUCAUGGAGAAAAACUUGAGCUUAAUCGAUGAUUACUCUCGUGUAGCCUUCCAUAACUCCAGCACAAUGGAAUGGUUGUGUGUUCGAAUCAAUUUUCUUUUCAACUUCGUUUUCUUCCUGGUGUUGGUCAUCCUGGUUAGCUUGCCGCGGUCUGCUAUUGACCCUAGCUUGGCAGGAUUGGCAGCCACAUAUGGCUUGAACUUAAAUGUACUGCAAGCAUGGGUAAUAUGGAACUUAUGCAACGUUGAAAACAAAAUGAUAUCAGUUGAGAGAGUUCUUCAAUUCUCAAACAUACCUAGUGAAGCUCCCUUGGUGAUCGAGGAUUGUAGACCGAAGCCUGACUGGCCAACCAAAGGAACAAUUGAACUUGAAAACCUUCAGGUGCAAUACAAGCCUACACUCCCUGUUGUACUUAAGGGUAUAACUUGCACUUUCCCUGGAGAAAAGAAAAUUGGAGUUGUUGGCAGAACAGGAAGUGGGAAAUCCACUCUAAUUCAGGCUCUCUUCAGGGUGGUAGAGCCCUCAGGAGGACGUAUUAUUAUUGAUGGAGUAGAUAUUUCUACAAUUGGUUUGCAGGAUUUGAGGUCAAGAUUGGGAAUAAUCCCACAAGACCCUACUUUGUUUCAGGGCACCAUAAGGACAAAUCUGGAUCCUUUGCAAGAACAUACAGAUCAAGAAAUAUGGGAGGUCCUCAACAAGUGUCAUCUUGUAGACAUAGUACGACUGGACCAACGGCUUCUUGAUGCUCCAGUGGCUGAAGAUGGAGAGAAUUGGAGUGUUGGACAAAGACAGCUUGUUUGCCUGGCUAGGGUCCUCCUAAAGAAAAGGAGAAUUUUGGCGUUGGAUGAGGCAACAGCUUCCAUUGAUACAGCUACAGACAAUGUAAUUCAGGAGACAAUAAGGAAAGAGACAUGCAGAUGUACAGUCAUCACUGUGGCACAUCGGAUACCAACUGUUAUCGACAAUGACUUGGUUUUGGUUCUUGAUAAUGGGAUGAUAGUCGAAUACGAUAAGCCAAAGAUAUUACUCGAGGACAAAUCUUCUUGGUUCUCGAAGUUGGUGGCUGAAUUUUUGAGAUCAUCCAAGAGCAACCACCCUAAGAAUCUGGUUUGAAGGUAUGUGGACAGCUUUUAGAACUCAAAUGAAGAAUUCUGUUUAUGAAUCCUGAAGACCAACUUUCUGGGGGAGAAUUCUAGUCAAGAUCCAUCAAAUCAUGUGGAAAACAAUGAAUGGUGCAUCAUGCUGGAGGAGCAUUACUUACAAGUUACUUACUAAGCACCUGCUAAUCCUUUUAACAAUUUCUUUCAGUUAUAGGGUAAACCGCCAUUAACAAGCAAUAGUGUAAAUUUCUAGUUAUACAAUUUUGUCUGCAUCUUUUAUGGCAAUCAAAGUUCAGUUAGGUUCUAGUAAACCAUAACAUACACGCAUAUGUUAGAUUACAUACACAUAUAUAUAAAAAAUAAAGUUUCUAGAGUGCAAGGAAUGUAGAAUUAAAUAAAAGGACUUGCCCAUCUUUUUAAAUCAAAUAAAA